AUGGAGAUCUCAUGCGAUGGUAAGUCGGUCCACAAUUACAAGCACCGAAUGCCAUUCGCUGAGAUUGAAUAUCUCCAGAUAAAGGGAGACUGCACACUCAGCGGCGUCCACUGGGGUGGAAGAUUCUACCAAGUUCCAUGGGAGUCAGCGUUCCCCGAGGGACAUCUUAAAGCUAGUCAGAAGAUCCUCGUGUACGGCAUUCCUAAGGGCGACCGCUGGAGCCUCGAUCUGCUUGGCAGGGGUGGUGACAUCCUGUUCCACUUCAAUCCCCGAUUCAAGGAGAAGCAGAUCGUCCGCAAUUCAUACAAGAACGGAAUAUGGGCCAAAGAGGAGCGCGAAGGACCAUUUCCGUUCGAGAAGGAACGCGGUUUUGACUUGACCAUUCAGAACGAGCCCUACUCAAUUCAGCUCUUCGUGAACAACGAACAAAUUGGAGCGUUCGCACAUCGCACGGAAGAUCCAGUGCACGAUUACAUUGGCAUGCGAAUCGAUGGCGAGAUCGAAGUGACCAGCAUUGAAUUUAACUAA